GGAAAAUACCCCCAAACCUCAAUUUCUACUUACUGUACGCCCAAAAUACCAAGGAAAAUCAUUUCUCUACGACCCAUUCACUCAUUUUAUACUUCACACUUCACAUUUUACACCUCACACCUCACACCUAUCAACUUCCAUCAAUAAUAACACAUCAUUUCAUAUCAUUUUGAUCAUCAUUGGAUAUUAACGCGAAUAACGACUACGACAAUUGAUAUCUAUACCGUUUCGAUCCCCUUCCGGAACCCUUUUGAUGAAUAAACGACCGAUUAUAUAUAACGUCACUUGCUGCGAGGGAGAGAAUAGCAUUUAGAGUUGUACUUGCGGACUUUUAAUUGAGGCGUGCUGUGCGUGUGUGUGAGUGUGUGUGUGAGUGUGUGUCGUGAGUGUUGAACACUCGGGAGUGCGGACAUCCGUGGUCAUAUAGGCGCUCACUCAAUCGUAAAAAAUGGGCGAAUCUAAUCAUUCUUCACACAUCGACCAUAAUAGAAGGGAGUCUCAAAGGUCGACGCGAUUAUCGAUGCAAAUGCAGGACGACGAUGAAGAAGAUUAUGCUUUGGCAGCCAUGGGAAUAUCGAAUGGUGGUGGCUACAGGCCCUCGGACUCAUCUCAACAUACUUACACUCCACCACCACCACAACAACAACCAAUACACGAACAACAACCUCAACCCCCAUCAUCACCCAUAGAAAGACGGAGAGCAUCAACACCACCGCCACGACCUUCGAGUACUACAAAACCAAGAGGAAUUGAUUCGUUCGCGUUACGAAAUGAUGGUGGAAAUGGUCAGAUGUCAAGGGGUCCAACAUUCGCGUACUCGGGGGAGAAUGGAAGUGGAAGUGGUUACGGAUUAACAAGGACAUCUACCGCAACAAGUAUAUCGAGCAUAUCGAGCGAAUCAAUUAUGAUGAGACCGGAAAGCCCGUAUAGAGGACCUACAGGACCAUCGCAUCCAUAUAACAUGUAUAAUCAAGACUCACGAUUGGCGAGAACAGCGAGUAUCGCGACGACUUCAACAAUGCCGGCACCACCACAGGAAAUGUCAUACACGGGGCCAAGCGGACCAACACAUCCUUAUGGUAUGUACCCGCAGAGUACAGUUUCAAGUGAUUCCGAUCAGUUGCCAAUUGCACCCAUUCCGGUUGGUUUCCCUGGUCUUAAUAAUGAGUAUCAACGAAGACUAGGUCCGGAAGGUGAGGAGGCCGCGGAUCUUAUUGGGCCUGAUGGACAUACGGAACAACUACCACCUUAUACUAAAUAUCCGGACGAGGCUUUUGCUAGAAAAUUACGACCUACAUCUAUACCAAUACCCGUACCUGUACCUACCAUUCAAAUGCCAGCUCCUAUCGUUCCUAUAUCUGGUGCUGGCGGCAUGGGACUAGCGACUCGAAAUCCCGAAUUUGCCUCUAAUGAAGACCUUCGCUCAUCUCAGUCACGCCAAUCAUCAAGGAGUAUAAUGUCGGAUCGAAGUUCGCAUCAAAGCAAUCACGCCGACAUGGAGUAUUUCGAAAAGCCUCCACUGAAGAAAUGGCAAGUCGUUGCCAAAAGAAAAUUAUGUGGCAUCGUUCCUGUAUGGGUCGUUGUUUUGAUAGUAUUGGUCUUCGUACUCUUUGGAAUUAUACUUGGAACUGUUUUUGCCAUUUUAAGGCCUAAACAUGGUGACGACCCUAAUAAAUCUAGCAAGCAACAUCAUGAUGGCGGGUCAAGCCAAACGACAGUAUUUGCGACCAUGACCACCACAUUCGAUGCGACUCCUCUGUCCACUGUACCUGCUUCGCUUCCAUCGCUUCCAACUGGAACGUACAAUAUGCCCCUCACCGUCCCUUCAACUGCUCAGAGUAGUUGUAUCAUGAACACUGCCGAAAACUCGGCUUGGAGUUGCUCCAUAGCAAUGACACCACUUGAAAUGUCUAUCAUAGACAUUCCGGGUGGUGAAGAAAUCUCCAAUAAGGAAAUCUCGAUAAAUUAUGGCAACGCUUCCUUAAAUUUCUACCCAUACGGCGCCCAACCACCGAUUUUGUCGUCUGCUCAGGUGCUAUCUCUCGUCAAUGAUUCGGAAUAUCCUAGUCGAGGUCCAGCCUGGUUCUUCCAAGUGCCAUACAAUAAGGUAGUUGUAUUGCCACAGAAGGCUCUCUCAACGAACAUGAAGCGUGAUCAACCUGCCUCGGGUUUCAUGAACCGUAAAGGAGUGGCUCAAGCUGGAGACCAACCUUGGUUUUGUUACUGGAAUGGAACCUUAUUAGAGGCUUUCAUUUAUGUCAAUGAAACUAGUAGCGCGGGCUCUUCCCCCACGGCCACUUCUGGUGGCUCAUACCCAACUAAUACCGGUAAUGCAUACGGCACGAGCACUCACUCAUCGGAUGUACCUUCGUCUACGAAUGGAGGUCAAUCACAACAAUCUUCUUCAUCUGGAUCUUCUGGAUCUUCUCAAAAUGGCCCUCAAUUCUUACCUCAAUAUCCUAAAGUUUAUAAAAUCGCCGAACGUCGUAUCCCUCGAGGUGGUCAAACUGUUCCAGCUUACUGUGUAGCUCAUCAAAUCUUAUCAAAUGGUGAUGCUCAACCAUUAAUGAAUUCAACUGGUCAACCUAUUACAAUCUAUUUAAAUGAGACGGAACCUACAACUGUCUCACCACUGUCGUCUCGAAGUCUCGUCUCUGAUUUCUUUGAACGAGAUUUGGUGGAACGAGAUGGGGAUGAGAGUUGCGGUUGUGUGUGGCUGGAAUCUUAAACUUUGAUUUCACUUGGACGCGAGACGAGACUUGAUAUACAAUAAUUUAUGGGCGUAUUUAAUGAGGAUUGGCGGGAUUUUUGGGCUUUCAAAUGGGAAAGAUAUUUAUUGUAUAUUGGACCCGAUUAGGAUCAUGGCGUUUGGAAUACGGAAUGGAUAUGCAUAGCAAGAGCAAGCCUACUUGAUCUUUUGCAGUAUUGUUAUUCGGAGCAAUGGAAUCUCGCAUAUGCAGGAUUUGGGUCUGGGUUUUUAGGUUAUAUUAUAUGUUGUGGCUAUCUAUUUCUACAUUAUUCUGGACAUGUUAAAAUUGAGAGGAUGGGGCAUUUUAUAAGGAAUUGGUUAUGGAAGAGGAGGAUGUAUGGCUAGAUGGAUGAAUAUCAAGAUUUGAAUAAAGAUGGGGUUUAUGAAGAUUGGAGUGGGGAAAGAGAGAGUAAAAUGGGGAUGUGAAAGAGAAUGCGGAUGACACUUUUUUUUAUAGCAAUUAACAAUGACA